GUUUCUUUUGUCCAGCUGUUUUAAAAUUAAUUCAAAAUGCCAAUAAGACCAGAUCUCCAGCAGUUGGAAAAAUGCAUUGAUGAUGCUUUAAGAAAAAAUGAUUUCAAACCUUUGAAAACACUUUUACAAAUUGAUAUUUGUGAAGAUGUGAAGAUCAAAUGCAGCAAACAGUUUUUCCACAAGUUGGAUGACCUUAUGUGCAGGGAGCUUAAUAAAAAGAAUAUCCAAGCUGUUUCAACCAUUUUGGUUUCUUUUGGAAGAUGUGGCAAAAAUAUCAGUAUAUUGGGGCAAGCUGGACUUCUGACUAUGAUAAAACAAGGACUAGUCCAAAAGAUGGUGGCCUGGUUUGAAAAAUCCAAGAAAAUUAUUCUGAGUCAAGGAAAUUCAAAAGAUGAAGCCAUUAUAAAUAUGAUAGAAGAUUUAUUUGAUCUUUUGAUGGUGAUACAUGACACUGAUGAUGAAGGUAAAAGGCAAAUAGUGGAAAGUUUCGUACCUCGAAUUUGUGCCCUGGUUAUUGACUCAAGAGUGACUAUUUGUAUUCAGCAGGAGACUCUAAAAAAAAUGAAUGCUAUGCUUGACAAAAUGCCUCAAGAUGCUGGAAAAAUACUCUGUAACCAAGAAAUGUUAAUUCUCAUGAGUAGUAUGGGAGAAAGGAUUUUAGAUGCUGGAGAUUAUGACCUACAAGUAGGUAUCAUAGAAGCUUUAUGUAGAAUGACCACGGAAAAACAAAGGCAAGAACUGGCGUGUCAGUGGUUUUCAAUGGAUUUUAUUGCUAAUGCAUUUAAAGAAAUUAAAGACUCUGAAUUUGAAACAGAUUGUAGGAUAUUUCUUAACCUCGUAAAUGGCAUGCUUGGCGAUAAGAGAAGGGUCUUUACAUUCCCUUGUUUAUCAGCAUUUCUUGAUAAACAUGAGCUGCAAAUACCAUCAGAUGAGAAACUUGAGGAAUUUUGGAUAGAUUUUAAUCUUGGGAGCCAGACUCUAUCAUUCUACAUUGCUGGAGAUAAUGAUGAUCAUCCGUGGGAAGCAGUCACUGUGCCUGAGGAAAAAGUACAAAUAUACAGCAUUGAAGUGAGAGAAUCGAAGAAGCUACUGACUAUAAUUCUGAAAAAUAUUGUAAAAAUUAGUAAAGGAGAAGGGAAAGAAUUACUUUUAUAUUUUGAUGCAUCGUUAGAAAUCACUAAUGUGACACAAAAAAUUUUUGGUGCAAAUAAGUAUAGGGAAUUUACCAGAAAACAAGGUAUUUCAGUUGCCAAAACAUCUGUGCAUAUACUCUUUGAUGCAAGUGGAUCACAGAUUCUAGUCCCAGAAAGUCAAACCUCACCAGUUGAAGAGGAACUUGUUAGUUUGAAAGAAAAACUUACCCCUCAAGAGGAAUUAGCUAAACCUCCAAAAUAUAUCAAAAAUAGUAAUCAAGGGGACAGAAAAAAUAGUCAGGCUGAGAUAAUUACUCCUAGCAAAAGAAAAAUGUCUGAAGCAUCAAUGAUUGUUCCCAGUUCAGAGAGAUACACUGUGAGAAGUCCAAUACUUCUAAUCAAUACAUCAACACCGCGAAGAGGAAGAAUUAAACCACCACUGCAGAUGACAGGUUCUACAGAAAAACCUGGUGUUUCCAAAACAUCGAAAAAUGGAGUGGAUAAUGCUGUAUCACUUAAAUCUAGAACAUCUCAAGAAAGAAAUAGAGGAGAUAAUACAGACAAACAUAUCAAAACUGCUAAAGUUGUAGAAAAUAAGGAUACUGAAUUCCCAAACCAAAAUUUUAAUGAACUCCAGGAUAUUGUUCCUGAUACACAGGCACUGGGAAAAAUAGAUAAACCUGUGUUACCUGGUGCUUUAGACAACAUCUGCGGAAAUAAAAUGCACUCCAAAUGGGUAUGUUGGACACCUGUAACAAAUAUUCAGCUUUGUAAAAACCAAAGAGAAAGUACUUCAUCAGGAGACACAUUUAAUCAAGAUACUAUUAUCAACAAAAAACUUGCUAAACAAAAAUCAUCCUCUUCAACAUCUGAUGAUAAUUCUGAGGAAACAGGAAAGGUACAGUACAGGAAAGAAAGAAUGCAGCAUAACAAAGCAGAUGAAGCAGAAGUAGGAGUCUGCAAAGGCAGCAAACAGCAACUCGGUCAUCCUAAACACUUGGAGGAGGAAAGUACUGAAAAUACCAAGCAGAGUGAUUGGCGUAUUGAAUCUGAAACUACUUUUAAAUCAGUUCUCCUAAAUAAGACAGUUGAAGAAUCUGUGAUCUAUAGGAAAAAAUACAUAUUGUCAAAGGAUGUGAAUACUGCUAUUUGUGAUGAAAGCCCUUCUCCUAGAAAAAAUGCAAACAGCGUUAGAAAAUCAGGGAAAAGACUGAUGUCUGAACUUAAUUCCUGGGACUUGAAACCAAAAAAAACGAGAGAAAAGUUAAAAGGGAAAGGAUUUACUGAUGCAGCAGGAUCCUUGAUAAGCCAAAUUAAUAAGAGAUACAAACCAAAGGAUGGCAUAAAGCCCACAAGAAAAUUAAAGGAGUCUUUGAUUGACAGUGGUUUUUCAAACAAAUCUGAUCUACAGCUCAGUAAGGAAAAGGUUCAGAAAAAAAGUUAUAGACAAUUGAAGACUACUUUCGUUAAUGUUACUUCUGAAUGCCCAUUGAAUGAUGUUUACAAUUUUAAUUUGAAUGGAGCGGAUGAGCCUAUUAUAAAACUUGGAAUCCAGGAAUUUCAAGCUACAGCUAGAGAAGCCUGUGUGGAUACUUCAGUAACAUUGGUAGAUUUAAGGAAUCAUGAUGAACUUGAAACUUCUCUCAAAACAAAAGAUAAAAGAAUUGUAACAAAUCAUAAAAAGAAAAAUCUCUUUAGUGAUACUGACACAGAAUACAAUUGUGAUGACAUGAAGACAGAUAUUAGCUGGCUAAGAGAACCAAAAUCAAAACCACAGCUAAUAGACUACAGCAGAAAUAAAAAUGUGAAGAAACAUAAAAGUGGGAGAUCAAGACCAUCUUUGGAAAGGAGACAACCAAGAUCUAAAAUGACACCCAACAAAAAUAUCACCAAAAAGGUAGAUGAGACAGUUCCAGAGGGGAGAACCAGACUUCCACGAAGAGCAGCAAAAACCAAAAAAAAUUAUAAGGAUCUCUCAAAUUCAGAAUCAGAGAGUGAACAAGAAUUUUCACAUUCAUUUAAAGAAAAAUUGCUAGUAAAGGAGAGUAUACAUUCCAGAAGCAAAACUGUGAAGCUGCCAAAGAAACAGCAGGAUUCCUUUUCUGCCGAAAUACAAAAGGAUAUAUCAAAAGAAAGGAAAAACUCAUCUCUCCUGAGAGAUACUCUACGGGAUAACAGCCUUGACCUAGCUCCUAUAUCUUUAUCUGGGAGUCCAUCAUCUAUAGAAGUAAUGAGAUGUAUAGAAAAAGGAACAGAAAGGGAUUUUACUCAGGAUUAUGACUGUAUAACAAAAUCAGUAUCACCUUAUCCAAAAACUUCAUCACCUGAAUCCAUAAACAGUAAAUGCAGCAUUGGAGGUCCAACAAAGUCACCCAAAAACAGUGAGGAAAAUUUACUGUGUACAAGAGAAAAUUGCUCACCAAUUCCACAGUCAUUCUUUUUGGUAAGAAAAAAAAGUAUGUAUUUUCUCUUUUAUCAGAUAUACCUGAAGUGGAUAAAUCAUUUGCCUUCUAGUCUUAAUCAAGUAUACAGUGCUUUUCUUCUUAAGGUUUUGAGUGUGCACCUAGGCCCUACACAACAUCUUAGUCGCAAACGAAUGUACACAGAAGACAACCUAAGUAAUCAUGAUGAAGUAGAACUGGAAGAAAGAGCAAACUUGCUUCCCAAAAAACUAUCUAAAGGCGAAGAUGCAGAUCAUCACAAUGACAAAGUGUCUGAAAGUGUAUCUCCGUUAUCAACAAAUGACUCUUCUAUUCCCGGGGAGAACUGGGAAACUGAAAUAGCAGGUGUAGGGAUUGCGUAUGAGCAGUUCAACACAGAAUUCAAGACGAAAGUUCACAUCCACCAGAAACUGAUGGAUUAUUUUACUAAGCAGUUGUGGAAAACAGCCCAACAGCAUAUAAAAACAAUGAACCAUCAAAUUCAGGAGUAUAGGAUCAAAAAACUUGAUAAAUUCCAAUUCAUCAUCACAGAGGAGCUGGAGAAUUUUGAAAAAGAUUCACAGUCUUUAAAAGAUUUGGAGAAGGAAUUUGUGGACUUUUGGGAAAAGAUAUUUCACAAGUUCAGUGCCUAUCAAAAAAGUGAACAGCAGCGGCUUCACCUUUUAAAAGCUUCAUUGGACAAGAAUGUCUUCAACACUGGUUAUGAAGAAACUAUUUUUACAUCUGAGAUGUGUUUGAUGAAAGAAAACAUGAAAAUGCUGCAAGACAGGCUUCUUAAGGAAAUGCAAGAGGAGGAGCUUCUUAAAGUACGCAGAGGACUGAUGUCAUUAUUCAUGGCUCAUGAAAGAAACAGUGUGUGACGCCUAGUUGUUAUCAGCGAGUUUUAUCGAAUUAUGCUUUUCUGUGUAUAAGUAAGGAAAUACUAGAGUAGCUCUAUAAAGAGAAACACAUGUCACCCAGGCAAGACUGCCUUUGUAGGAACCUCCAAAUCCAAAGAAAUAUCUUAUCAAUGAAAGAACCUACAGUCACUAUAACAUGGUUCUGAGCCCAAAGGACUUUUGUCUGUACACUAUUACCCUUUUUAAAGAAAGUUUUGGGAAAUCAGACAAUAAAAGGAAUUGGCUUGUUUUGCAUGCAUGAGACAAAUAUUCAGUUAACCAUAUUCACAAAACUAGGUAUUCCUUUAAUAAACUACAACUUAUCAUACAAAAUAUAUUUUAAGUGAAAACAGUUUGAACUAAUAUAAAGUAUUACUAAAAUUUGUUUACUAGUUCAGAAUAUACUACAAGUAAUAAAAAUUUAGUGACGCAUAGAAGGGGGAGAAGUCAGAUUUAAAAUGCUUACCUGCGUGGCCAUCAGUACUUGCAGCACACUGUUGGAGAGUAUACUUAUUCAGUUAUGAUUCCACUAUAUUAGAAGGCAAUAAAAGAGUCUAAGAUGGUUACUAUGUUAUUGAAACAUUUUAAUUCUAGGUAGACAUGCUAUUAACUCAUAAGCAGGCUGUUUUGACAAGUACUUUUUAAACCCUAGUGUUCACUGCAGUAAUAUUUUGCUAGAUUAACUUAUUAAAAUGAAUACACAUUUAAUUUGCUUUGAUUGUGUAAUAUAUUAAUGUUGAAAUAAAUGC